AAUGUGCAAAUUCUCCGUAAUGGCCACCUUGUAUCUCGCGCCGCCGAUUACAUCAUCUAUAGUGUCGAGGCUGCUGCCAUUGAUCGCGUUGUUGCCCAGUAUGGCCCUUCCACCAAAUUAGGUGCCAUCGUCGGUGGCCAGACGUCAUGCAAGGACCCCGAGAUCAAAGCCUUCGAGCAUCAUCUACCGGCGGAUAUUGACAUUGUCUCUUGUCACUCCCUUCACGGCCCGAAGGUGGAUCCUCUGGACCAGCCCCUGGUAAUCAUCAAGCACCGGGCAUCAGCAGAAUCACUGUCCAAAGUCGAGACAGUUCUCCGCUGCCUGAAAUCCAGACACGUAUACCUCACCGCCCGCGAGCAUGAUCGCAUAACUGCCGAUACCCAGGCCGUCACACACGUCGCCUUCCUGUCCAUGGGUAAAGCCUGGCAUGCCAUGAAGCAGUUCCCCUGGGAAGGCGCGCGCUAUGUCGGCGGCAUCGAAAACGUCAAGAUCAACCUCAUGCUACGUAUCUACAGCCAGAAGUGGCACGUCUACGCCGGCCUCGCCAUCCUGAACCCAGAAGCACGGAAGCAGAUUGCGCAAUACGCCAAGAGCUGUACGGAGCUGUAUAAGCUCAUGCUCGGUGGUCAGGCCUACCAGUUGAGGGAGAGGGUCUACGGCGCCCGGGAUCGCGUGUUCGGGCGCGAGGGUAAGGGGGGUGGCGCGCGGUGGGCGGCGGAGCCGCUGCUCCGGGACGAAAUUCUUGACCAGUUUAGUUUGGGUAAGAAACCUGAGAGCCUGCUGCCCAACAACCAUCUUUCUCUUCUCGCCAUGGUGGACUGUUGGUCUCAGCUUGGGGCGGUGCCGUACGAUCACAUGAUCUGCUCGACACCGCUAUUCCGUCUCUGGCUCGGUGUCACGGAGAACUUGUUCCGCAGUGAGACGCGCCUGGAUGAGUCGUUGCGGAUCGCGAUUGAAGAUAACACGUUUCGCAGUGAUGAUCUAGAGUUCGUGUUCGCAGCUAGAGGCUGGGCGGAGUGUGUUAGUCUGGGGCACUUUGACACGUGGAUGGAGAGAUUCAUGGACACGCAGAGAUUCUUUGAGCCCAGGUUUGCUGGAGCCAUUGAGGUUGGCAGUGCGAUGGUAACUGCUGUGCUGGAGAGUACGAAGAAAUAGGAUUUGGUGGGUUCAUACAGUCGAAGGCCGGUAAAGCUAUGCAUUUGCGCCAGUUAGAGAUAGAACAUUCGUACAUUCAUUCAGGACGAUACAUUGUGCAGAAAGUGAUUGAG